AUGUCCUGGACAAGAAAGAUUUUACUCAUCCUGGGAUUCCUCUCUACUUUGGCUGUAAUUGCUUUAAUUACUGUAGCAGUGACCCAAAACAAGCCACUUCCGAAGAAUAUUAAGUAUGGGAUUGUGCUGGAUGCGGGGUCGUCCCACACUAACCUGUAUGUGUACGAGUGGCCAGCAGAGAAGGAGAACGACACUGGGGUGGUGCAGCAGGUGGAGGUGUGUAAAGUCGAAGGUCCUGGGAUCUCAGGUUACUCCCAUGCCACGGAGAAGGCAGGUCCCUCUCUGGCACAGUGCCUACGACAAGCAGAAGAGGUGAUUCCCUUAAAGCAGCACCAAGAGACACCCGUCUACCUCGGAGCAACUGCCGGCAUGCGGCUUCUCAGCUUGGAGAAUAAAAGUGCAGCUGACAAAGUCUUGUCCUCAGUAGAGAAGACGCUACGCUCAGCUCCCUUCAACUUCCAGGGUGCCAGAAUCAUCAGUGGUCAGGAAGAAGGAGCAUAUGGAUGGAUCACCAUUAACUACCUGCUAGGCAAUUUCAAGCAGGAUUCUGGGUGGACAAAAUUUCUACUUUCCCUGAAAUCCAUAAGUGAGACAUCAGGAGCACUAGACCUCGGAGGAGCCUCAACACAGAUUACCUUUGUACCAAAUGAACUCUCUUCUGAGUCCCCAGAGAACCUGCUCUACUUCCGUCUCUAUGGCAAGGAUUACCGAGUGUACACGCACAGCUUUCUCUGCUAUGGGAAGGACCAGGCUCUGCAACAGAAACUGGCCAGGGACCUACAGACCAUGGAGAACAGCAGCCUCCUUGAUCCAUGCUUUCACCAGGGGUAUCAGAGGACUAUAAAUAUAAGUGACCUCUUCAAAAACCCUUGUACGUCAGCCGAGAAAAAGCAAUUCCCUUUCAGCCAGCUGUACAUACAGGGAGAGGGGGAUUAUCAAAAGUGCCGAAGAAACAUCCAGAAACUCUUUAACAAAACCAAUUGUCCUUACUCCAGUUGCUCCUUCAAUGGGAUAUACCUGCCUCCAUUACAAGGGGAUUUUGGGGCUUUUUCUGCUUUCUACUUUGUGAUGAACUUUUUGAACCUGACCAGUGAACAAAGCCCCACUGCCCUGGACAAAGUGGCCAGCACCAUUGAGAGCUUCUGUGCCCGGCCUUGGCAUGAGGUGAAGACAGCGUAUCACGAAAUAAAAGAAAAGUACCUGAGUGAAUAUUGCUUCUCUGGGGCCUACAUCCUCUCUCUCCUGGAAAAUGGCUACGAAUUCACUGAAAAGAACUGGCAAAGGAUCCACUUCCUUGGAAAGAUCGGCAGCAGUGAUGCAGGCUGGACCCUGGGAUACAUGCUGAACCUGACCAACAUGAUCCCCGCAGAGGAGCCUGCUGUGCCCCCUCUUUCCCAUGGCAGCUAUGUGGGGCUGAUGGUGCUGUGUUCCCUCGUGCUGGUGUCUGUGCUCCUGUUUGCCUGGCUUCUCUUCCACAAGCCCAAGUGCCUGCAGAAGGGGAUUGUUUAG